AUGGCUUCUCGUAUCCAACAAGUCUCUUCUCACCUUGCUCCCUCUGACAAUGUCGCCAACAAGAUUGGUGUCAAGUCUCCCGAGGACGUUGUCAUUGUCUCUGCUCUUCGAUCGGCCAUCACCCGUGCUCGCAAGGGUCCUUUCGCUGAGGCUCUUCCUGAAGAAAUCCUCUCUGGUGUCUUCCAGGGUAUUUUGAAGCAAACCAAGAUCAACCCUGCUCUUGUCAAUGAUAUUGCUGUUGGUAACGUCCUUCCCGCUGGCGGUGGAGCUACCAAUGCUCGUAUGGCUGCUUUGCAUGCUGGUUUCCCUGAGACUACCUCUGUCAACACCGUCAACCGUCAAUGCUCCUCUGGUCUUCAAGCCGUUGUUCAAAUCGCUACUGCUAUCCAAGCUGGUUUGAUUGAAGUUGGUAUUGGUGCUGGUGUCGAAUCCAUGACCCAAAACUAUGGCCCUCAAUCCCUUGCUCCUUCCUCUGACAAGAUCGCUGAGAGCUGCCCUGCUGCUGCUGAUUGUUUGGUCCCCAUGGGUAUCACCUCCGAGAACGUUGCCAGCGACUUUGGUGUCACCCGUCAAAAGCAAGAUGCUUUCGCUGCUUCAUCCCACACCAAGGCUGUUGAGGCUCAAAAGAAUGGCUGGUUCAAGGAAGAAAUCGUUCCUCUUGAAGCUACUAUCACCGACAAGGAUGGUAACGAAAAGAAGGUGAUCGUUGAUCGUGAUGAUGGUGUUCGUCCUGGUACCACUGCUGAAAAGCUUGCCAAGUUGCGUCCUGCUUUCGAUGAAGAGGGUUCUACCACUGCUGGUAAUGCUUCCCAAGUCUCUGAUGGUGCUGCUGCCGUUCUUUUGAUGAAGCGUAAGACUGCUCAAAAGCUUGGUCUCCCCAUCGUUGGCAAGUACAUCACCUCUGCUGUCGUUGGUGUUCCUCCUCGUAUCAUGGGUGUUGGUCCUGCCUUUGCCAUCCCUGUUGCUGUUGAGCGUGCUGGUAUCAAGCUUGAGGAUGUUGACAUUUACGAGAUCAACGAGGCUUUCGCUUCCCAAGCUGUCUACUCUGUUGAGAAGCUCGGUGUUCCUUUCGAAAAGGUCAACCCCAAGGGUGGUGCUAUUGCCUUUGGCCAUCCUCUCGGCUGCACUGGUGCCCGUCAAAUCGCCACUUUGUUGCCCGAAUUGAAGCGUCAAGGCAAGAAGAUUGGUGUCACUAGCAUGUGCAUUGGUACUGGUAUGGGUAUGGCUGCUGUCUUUGAGAGCGAGUAA